AUGGUCACGAGCAUCACCAUUGCACCAACCGCGGCCGCUCAGACCAGCCGAGACGAAGCCGAAAUCUGGGUGUUUUCUGCAGCAUCGUGUUUAGAUGAAAUGUACUGCUUGUUGCCAGUAAGAAAUGCCGCGGCACUGGUACAGUCUGUCCAGCUCCUGGAUGUUCAUCGAAAUAAUUACCUGAAGAAUCUGCAGUUUUAUUGCUUUCUCUGUUACGUGACCGACCUGACUAAGGACCAGAUCAUGCUGCUGUUUGACACGCUGGACCAAAACGUGAGGGGGAGGAUUUGCUUUAAUGAGUUCUACAUGGUGGUGCGCAUCGUGCCGUCCCACGAGGUGCAUACCCUGCAGAUCCUGCAGUCGAACCGUCUCAAAAAGCAGUUCACCCACCAGCAGGCGGGAUGCGCCUUGCAACGGCUGGACGUAGAUACGGGUAAUAGGACAGAUUUUAAUGAGUUUGAAGCCACAAGCUUUCUCUUCAGCAUUCAGAAAGAACAACUUAAGAAGAUAUUCAAGGACUUUGAUAUUUCUGGAAAUGAGCAGCUGAACUAUGGGGAAUUCAAGAUGCUUGCAGUCUUCUGCAUUGACAAACAACAACGAAAAGAGAAGUGGACAGGAAUAGCCUCCCAGCAGGAGCAGCGACCUCCGAAGAGACUAACAAGAACCCUUUACGCAGCUGGGGACGACACAGCCUCGCUUCUCUGCCCCCGGGGCUCAGCUUACAACUGCCAGGAUGAAGCCUGGUGGUAG